UGCCAUUAUUGUUAUUUAUUCAUUGUUUUUUAUUUAAAUGUGUAUUUUCUAUUGCUAGUUUUGUGGAGUGUAAUUUUUAAGUCGCUUUGGCCGGAGCUUCUGCUAUACCUUAACCAUAACCAUAUCCAUGUUUAUUAUCUUGUAUACUAAUAUCGAGCUAGCUAGCCAGCUCACUGUUUUUUGCACUCAGACACUUAACCCAUGGGCCACAAAUAUGGAGGAUACCUUGGCAACCAGAGCAAAAUUCAUCACUUCAAACCACGUGAGAACGUUCACUCCGGUCAUUGGUCAGAUGUGUCAGGGGCGGGAUCAAGAAAGUAAAUACAAGAAGAAGGUCCUGUGUUGGUCAUGGAUCGAUGAUCUUUCAUCCGUUGUCACUGCUGGCUGUCGCUACUGGCUGGGGAUCGCUGCUUUUGGGGUCUGAAGGCUGUCACUCACUGCUGUUCAUCGUUGGAAAGUCGCCAUCACUUGAAGUGGCCGCUCGUAGGGCAGUCAACACUAGAGUCACUGUGUCUCGCUCUUUGCUGAACAAUGCCGCCACUGCUCUUCUUCGCAUGGCCGCCCAGACAGGGUGUCUGCAUUAGCGUGGAGACAGCUUGGUGACGAGUUCUUGAACGUCAUAGUCCUGCAGAGUCUAGAGCCAUUGGGCCAGCUGCCCCUCCAGCUCUUUGAAUUUCAGCAGCCAGGUGAGAGAGACAUGGUCAUUGCGCAAUAGAAUCGUCUGAAAAAAGACACUGGUACUCAGCACAGUGGCUCCACCUGCUGCUUCUUCCCACUGGUUCGAGGUUCGUUAAGGCUGCUGGAAUAUUGCGCUUUAGUCGUGCUCCACUCCGGUGCAGUUCCUUGAUGAGAUCUUCAAUCAUCGGCGUCUCCAUUCCUCUAGCUGGUGCUUUAUCCCACUUCUGACACCAAUGUAGCAAAGACACAAGAGUCAGGCUUUUUUUUGGCUCUAUGCUGUUUAUUGGCGCAAGGCAAUACAAGCUUCAGACUGAUACCAAGCAGGGGAAAGGAUCAGGGAUCUUGUACUCAGACAGAGGUUACAAGGCAAAUCAUUCUCCAUGCAUUUUUUUGUGAGAUGAAUGUUGCUUGCUAUUUAACUAAUGUUAGCUAAGUUACUCAUUAUACCUUGUCUGAUCAACAAGAAAAGUGUUGACUUGAAAAGCUUACUGAAAAAAUAAGAAAGCUAUUUAACACAUUGUUACUUCUUUUAGGAAAUACUGGCUUGUAGGUUUGAUUCUGGCAACUUUUGGGAAUGUGGUUGUUAUUCCUAUGAGUGUAAGCUUUUUCACUGAGGAGGUUCACUACAGUCCUGCAUGGAUUGCAUUAAAUGUAGCUGUGGACUUUUUGUUCAUCAUGGAUCUAUGCCUAAAUUUCCGCAUUGGGUUUUGGAGUGAUGAAAAUGGAGUAAGUGACCAUAUUCAUUUAUUAGUAUUUUGUGACCAAAUUAAAGUGAUGCAACUGAUUUCUGAAGUAACCAUCUGAAUGUACUAUUAUAUACUAUGUAAUGUUCUUGCUGUACCUUUUCUUUCCAAGAUUGUUGUUUUGGAGACUAAGAUAAUAAAGAAUAAUUAUAUUAAAACAUGGUUCAUCCCAGACUUAGUAGCUGUGAUACCAGUUGACUAUAUGAUUCUAAUUAGUGAGGUAAGUGCAAAUUAUUUGUUCAUGACACUGAAUUUGGAGUUUAGGUAACCUCUUUGCUGAAUGAGAAUUUGUGUACUCCAGGUUUUGGGAGACUGGACUGGAACUACAACUGCAAUUGCAGGUGUAAGAGUGGUAAAAAUGAUUAAACUCACCCGAUUAUUCAGCUUGUUACGCCUACUGAGAUUUUCCAGGCUGCUGCGAUAUGCUCACAACUGGGAAGAGGUAAGUGGAUCUCAUGUGUUUCCUGUUGUUAUCAUUACUUGAACAUUUACCUUUGCACCUCGCUUUUGUGAUGUAAUACAACAGGAUUUUCAAGCGUACUUUCAAUACUCCACACUUCCAACCUCUUCCAAGCUUGCAAGUCUCUUGUCCUCCUCUGCAUUGUGCACUGUCAGAAAAGUAGGCACCCUAAAGGCCGCAACAGCAAGACAUUAGGUGAUGGGGUUGUUUGUUUUGGUGUCACAGACGCUAACACACAAGGCCAGACGUGACUUAGGCACUUUGUUAUGAGAGUUACGGGUUUUAGGACAGCCUCCAUCUCAGAUAAUUUUGGUUUGUUGUUCCUUCCCUUACCUGCCCUUACCUUGACAAAAAGACUUGCCCAGUUUUAUGUUUGAAUAUUUUAAACUCAGUCUGCACAAGAUAUUUGUUUGAUUUAGACAAUGCAAAUGCUAUAAACAUGCCAAAUUCCAUGGUUGUACCUAGACAUGUAUUGUACCUCCGGUUCUAAGAGACUAGCUAGCCUGUAACCUGCCAUGUCUCAUUUAUUUAUUUUACUGCAUUUUCUGUCAUUUUGAUUAGGUUCGUGGCUUGAAUGUUGGAGCCAUUGCUACUCUCCUUCAGGUUCUUCAUGUGAUUGUAAUCAUUGUUCUGAUGUGUCACUGGAGUGCUUGCUUCCACUUCAUGGUGGCUUCAAUCCAAGACUUCCCAGAAAAUAGCUGGGUUACUCGGGAAGGCCUUCAGGUUGGACUCAUUAUAACGAAUUGAAAUAUAUAUAUAUAUAUAUCUUUCCUAAAGAAUUUUACAAAACUGUGCUAUUUUUUUCUUUCCUUUUUUUUUUUUAGAACAGAACUAUGAUUAGGCAAUACACAACAUGCAUGUUUCGUUCACUUUGCCACAUGAUGACCCUUAACUAUGGAUCUCGUGGAGUUCCCAAGGGUGUCACAGAUCUGUGGGUGGAUAUAAUCAGCAUGAUGGUGGGAACGGUUAUGUAUGCCCUGGUCCUGGCCCGCAUAACAGCCCUGGUAACUCACUCCAGGGUCAGUGAGAAUGUCUACAAGAGCAGGUACGAUGAGUUGUGCCAGUACAUGCGUCAGUAUCGCAUACCAGGUGCCCUGCGCGAGAGAGCCAUUUGCCAUUUGGCUAGCCGAUACCAGGGAAAGUGGUUUGAUGAGAAGGCUAUUCUGAUGGAGCUCAAUGAACCUCUAAGACGGGAAAUCAUAAGCUACAAUUGCUCCAAUCUCAUCAAAAAACACCCAGUCUUCAAAGAUGCCAAUCCUCUCUACCUGUUAGAGCUGCUGGACAAGUUGGAGUUUGAAUGCUAUCAACCCGGGGAACUCAUCAUUGGGAUAGGGACCGUGGGUGACUGCAUGUAUUUCAUUGAAAAGGGCGAUGUUGAAGUGGCCUCACCUGGUUACACCCAAAUACUGUCAGAUGGGUCUUUCUUUGGAGAGCUGUGUGUGAUGACAGACAUAACCAAACGCCAAGCUAACGUGAGAGCAUUGACCUCCUGCCGCCUGUACAGCCUCAGUAUUAGUAGCUACGAGCACGUCUCGAAGCUCUUCCCUAAAGCCAUGCAUGGGAUGGAAACGCAGGCACAGCAGCUAUUGCAAAAUCUUGGAACAAGUAUUGAAUAGAUUUCAUGAUUUUUUGGAAAAAAUAAAUAUGUUUGCUAAAUACUUAAA